CAUCGGCCCGUGACGUUUUAUAAUGGAAUAUGAAUAAAACAUUCUAGUCCGAUUUAGUCUAGAAAUAUACUCUUUCUUUCUUUCUUUUGAUAAAGAUAUUAUGUCUGCAAUUUUCUUGUACCUGCUUCAUCUUGCAUUUUGAGAAUAAAAUGUCUGUAUCUUUGGAGAAUAAAAUAAAGUACAUAUAUAUUUCCUUUGAAAAGUGUCACUAUGUAUGUAGGUAAUUAAAUUAUGCGAACGAGAAUCGAGCUAAUGCCCAACAAAUCGAAUUAACUGACGACUUAAUACAAUUACUGGGGCAGUAGGGUAGACGAUCUUGAGGCUUCCUCUGUGUGUUGUUGAAAAUCGUUACGCAGUUUUCGUAUGUCAAUCGUAAGUAGCGUUUAGUUUCCUUUUGCUUCUAGGCGCGCUGCUGAAAAUCGUGUCGCACAUAUAAAAUGGGCAAAGAAGACGCAGAAACUAUAGCCCUAAGGAAAGAGCUGGAGAAUCUCAUUGACAAGUGCAAGGUUUAAGUGUUUUAUAAUGUUAUAUCGCGAUUAUAAUUUUUAUUAUACAUGAACGUUAUAAAACUCACUUUUCGAUAUAAAUUUAUCUUUAUUCUUACUCCUGUGUCUUAUUUGCUUCAUCAGGAAGAGCAAAAGAAGCAGCAGGAUACGACAUUGGAACAAGCGUGCAGCGGAGUAGCAGAUGCUCCUAAAGUUAGAUUGUCGACUAAGAAGUUGCUGAAAGGACAUAUCAAUAAAGUCAACUCGGUGCACUAUAGCGGCGAUAGUCGGCAUUGUGUGACCGGUUCAUUAGAUGGAAAAUUGAUCAUCUGGGAUUCAUGGACCGGUAACAAGGUGCAGGUCAUCCCGUUGCGUUCAGCCUGGGUGAUGUCAGUAGCUUUCGCGCAGUCCGGAAAUUUUGUCGCAUGUGGCGGUAUGGACAACAUGUGCACCGUCUAUGACGUGAACAAUCGCGAUGCCACGGGAUCCGCCAAGAUCAUAAGGGAGCUCCUAGGUUACGAGGGAUUCUUGUCGUCUUGCAGAUUCCUCGACGAUAAGAAGCUCAUCACCGGAUCCGGCGACAUGAAAAUUUGCAUAUGGGAUCUUGAGGCCAACAAAAAGACGACAGAUUUCGAGGCGCAUGCGGGCGACGUAGUGAGCAUUAGCUUGUCUCCCGACGGCAACACUUACGUUACCGGCUCGGUCGACAAAACUUGCAAACUAUGGGAUCUACGAGAGGAGAAAGCCAAGCAGACGUUCUUCGGUCAUGAUGCUGACGUAAAUUCCGUUUGUUAUCAUCCAUCCGGACAAGGUUUCGUAACAGCGUCCGAGGACAAGACGGCGAGACUGUGGGACUUCAGAUCCGAUCAGGAAUUGGCCACCUUCAAGCCGCCAAACUCGAAUCCCGGAUUUACAUCGUGCGGCUUGUCUUUAAGCGGCAGAUUCAUAUUUUGCGGCAGUGACGAUAAUUCCAUUCACAUAUGGGAUACGUUGAAGAACCAACAUAAUGGUGUUUUGUCGGGCCACGAGAACAGAGUGACAUCGCUCAGUAUCGCUGGCAACGGGAUGGCAAUAGCCAGUUGCUCCUGGGAUCAGUUCGUUCGAAUUUGGGUGUGAUUUAUGUGAUUAUACGUAAAAGUGAUCGAUGAGAAGACACCGGACGGAAUAUAUUACCAAAAAUAUAUUAAUGUUAAAAGCCGAUCGAUUCUUCUUGCACGAAACCUGCACAGCGAUCCUAGUUCAAUUAAGCUCUUAUCGAUAUAAGCUGCUUUUUUCAUUUACGUUUUCAUUUUACAAUUACGUCAUAAAUCAUAUCUUGAUUUAUAUUAAACUGUGUUCGCAACUUGUAUCCAUUGUUAAGUGUUACAAAAUAUAUAAAUUUCUUCGAGAUA